AUGCUGUUAUUAUUCCUGGGCUUCCUGGCAGCUGCCAUCGCCAAUCCCUUGCAGCAGCCAUUGACUGUCGCGUCACAACUGCACGGCCGAUUCCUGCACAUAACGGACUUCCAUCCCGAUCGCCUGUACAAACCAGGAACUUCCCUCGAUCGCUCGUGCCACCGCGGCAAAGGACCAUCGGGGUACUUUGGAGCCGAGGGCUCCGACUGCGACGCACCCCUCUCACUCAUCGACGAGACCUUUCGCUGGAUCGAAGACAACUUGAAGGAUGAGAUUGAUUUUGUAAUUUGGACCGGCGAUUCCGCCAGGCAUGAUAACGACGAAAAGGCGCCCCGUACUGCCGACGAAAUCCUCGAUCUGAACACGUACCUUUCGCAGAAAUGGGUCGACAUCUUCACCCAGAACCGCGCCGCGUCGGUCCCACGGCUCUCCGUGCCUGUCAUCCCGACCUUUGGCAAUAACGAUAUCAUGCCGCAUAAUAUCUUUGACGAGGGACCUAAUAAAUGGACCAAGCGCUUCGCGGAGAUCUGGAACCCGUUCAUCCCCGAAGAUCAGCGCCAUACUUUCGUGCUUGGGGGCUGGUUCACCACCGAGGUGGUCCCAGGUCAACUGGCGGUCAUCAGUCUGAACACGAUGUACUUCUUCGACUCUAACAGCGCGGUGGACGGGUGCAAGGCCAAGUCCGAGCCGGGGUACGAGCACAUGGAGUGGCUGCGAGCUCAGCUGAAGACCCUGCGCAGUCGCAACAUGAAGGCCAUUCUCAUGGGCCAUGUGCCGCCCGCUCACUCGAGCGAGAAACGGAACUGGGAUGAGACCUGUUGGCAGAAAUACACACUGUGGGUCCAUCAGUAUCGCGACGUGGUGGUUGGGACGUUAUACGGCCAUAUGAACAUCGAUCACUUUAUCAUGCAAGAUAGCGACGAGGUUCGCAUCGCUUCGGCUGGUGGGCAGGUGUCCACAAACUCCAAGUCAGACUACUUGGAGUCGCUGCGCAGCCAGUGGUCAUCUUUGCCAUCUCCUCCGACGGGAUUCUUCGAGGAGCUCGAUGCCGAGCUUGAGGCGGGUGCUGCCCCCGAUACUCUAGUGAAGAAGGGGAAGAAGGAGAAGAAGAAGCGCAAGUUCUUGGAGAAGAUCGGAGGCCCGUGGGCGGAACGCUACAGCAUCUCCCUGGUAUCACCCAGUCUAGUCCCAAACUACUUCCCCAGCCUGCGUGUGAUUGACUACAAUAUCACGGGAGUGGCUGAUGUUGCAAACUGGCCUGCUUGGUACGUUGCAGAUGCCGAUCACACACCCCUCGAAACUGAGUCCGAGGAUGCCUCAGAGCCCGAGAUCCAAAAGAAGAAGAAAAAGAAGGGCAAGAAGGGCAAGAAGCCUGACUUCAAGGUGCCCGAUGGUCCCUCGCCAACUGCUCCCCCCGGCCCUGCCUACUCCAACCAACCAUUUACAUUCCUCGGCUACACACAGUAUUACGCCAACAUCACCCGCAUCCAAGAGGAGAUUGACGCAAACCAAUCCGAAGAUCCUCGCAUCGACUUCGAGGUCGAAUACACCACCAAUGAUGAUGUGUACAAAAUGAAAGACCUGACGGUGCGCAGCUUCUUCCAGCUCGCAGGCAGAAUAGCCGAGGAGGAGGCCCAGGCCGAGACCGAUUCGAGCGCGGAUUGGCUGGCCAAGAAAAAGAAGCCCAUGAACACGAUCUGGCGGGCCUUUUUGGAGCGCGCCUUCGUUGGGUAUGAGAAUAUUGACGACUUGGAUUGA